GUGGCACCACAACAUCGUCUUAAAAAACAUGGCGGCCUCCAUAAUUAUGGCGGUCAACUAAUUGCAAGAGGAAAAUCUUCCCAGAUUUAAUUAAUUCAUCGUUAAUUACCACUGGAACAUUGGCAUCUGGAUCAAGGGAAAGAAGAUUAUGGUGAUUCAGCAGCUUUCGAACGAGCCUCAGUUGGUUCAAGCCUGUUUCCAUGGAGACGCGGAUGAGGUGAGAGCUCUCCUGUAUAAGAAGGAAGAUGUCAACUACCAGGAUUCAGAAAAAAGGAGCCCCCUACAUGCUGCGGCAUAUUGUGGAGAGGCGGAGAUUUGUGACCUACUUAUUCUCAGUGGGGCCCGAGUGAACACUAAGGACAACCGCUGGUUGACGCCACUUCACAGAGCUUGCUGCUCCAGGAGUGAUGACGCAGUGGAAACGUUGCUACGCCAUCAAGCUGACGUCAACGCCAGAGACAAGAACUGGCAGACACCCCUCCAUGUUGCCGCGGCCAACAACGCUGUGAAAUGUGCAGAGUACAUCAUUCCAUUGUUGAACAACGUCAAUGUGUCUGACAGAGCUGGGAGAACUGCACUGCACCAUGCUGCUUUUAAUGGACAUGUUGAGAUGACACAGCUGCUGCUAGAGAAGGGAGCAUCAAUUAAUGCAUUUGACAAGAAGGACCGUCGCGCUCUGCACUGGGCGUCAUACAUGGGGCAUGUGGAAGUGGUUCGUAUCCUCAUCCAGCACGGAGCAGAGCUGAACUGUAGAGAUAAACAGAUGUACACCCCACUCCAUGCCGCCUGCUGCAGUGGUCAGAUCAGCGUCAUUAAACUCCUUCUGGAGCUCAGUGUAGAAGUGGACGCUGUCAAUUCCUUUGGCAACACGCCAAUACAUGUGUCGUGUCUGAAUGGUCAAGACGUGGCAGUCAACGAGCUGAUCAUGUACGGGGCCUCUCUGAACUCUGUCAACAACAAGGGGCAGACGCCGCUGCACUUUGCUGCUGCCUCAACACAUGGCGCCAUGUGUCUGGAGAUACUGGUAAACGAGGGCGCAAACAUGAACGUGCAGGCCAGAGAUGGGAAGACUCCUCUCCACAUGACAGCUCUCCACGGGAGGUUUGCCAGAGCACAGACACUGAUACAGCAUGGUGCCAUAGUAGAUGCUGUGGACAAGUCAGGUAAUUCGGCACUUCACAUCGCCGCCAGAUACGGCCACGAGCUGUUGAUAACUACACUACUAGCACACGGAGCUAGCCCACUGAAGCGUGGUUGUUUUGGCAUGUUGCCUAUCCACUUGGCGGCUCUCAAUGGUUUCACAGACUGCUGCAGGAAGCUUAUGACGUGUGCCGAGGGGUUCCAAGUGGACACCAUUGAUGACUAUGGCCGCACGUCUCUCCACGCAGCCGCCUGUGGGGGUAAUAUAGAGUGUGUUGACCUGUUCCUGGCCGCAGGGUCAGACUUCGCCCGUGUGGAUGCAGAAGAGAGAACACCGCUGCACUACGCGGCAGCUAACUGUCACUACCAAGUGGUGCUGGCGCUCAUUGCAGCCAGGGCGAACAUCAACCGCCAAGACGCUCGCGGCUGUACAGCGCUACAUUAUGCUGCAGCGGCUGAUAGCGAUGCGAAGUAAGGUUUCAUAGUUCAGAGUUUUAUUGUACCACCAGCGUCAGCACUGGACACCAGACAUAAACCACACUGGACUUCUCUCCUCCGUUUCUCCCCUCUGCACUUUGAGUGGGUAACUUCCUCCCCCUCUUCACCAAUUAGGACAGUAGGAUCUUCCACCAGAUCAGUGUCAUCAUAA